CAACAUUAUAUUGCAUCUGUCGCACACUCACACACACAGACACACUCCGCCGUCGCGACUGCAGUCGGGAGCUUUUGAAAAUUUCUCAGUAUAUAUACAAAAAGAAGGAAAUAAUACGUCGCGACAUGAGUGCGACGUCAACGUAAUAUAUCAGCGCGUGCUCGCGCGCGUUAUGAUCGCGACUGGGUGAUACACGGCCAAGGGCAGUGUCGCGAUCGUCCCCCGAGUGAAAUUAUACACAUCAAAACGCGCUGCCAAACUGCUGCUGCGAGCUUGAGGUUAACGCGCAGAGUGAAUUUUAUGAUCAUGAAGCGAACGUCGUCGUGCUGCGAGGCAUUUCUCCGCUUUUUAUCGUGAAGAGACGAUCGCCGCGAUUGACAUGUGACCGAGCGACGAUCUUCGAUAAGCUCGUUUGACAGGCAGCAUUGAUACGUUGAUGCAGCAGCCCUGACUUAAAUCUUACAAGAAUGGCACUUAAUAAACUUAUUCACAGAUAUCAAAAGAAACUAGGCACUUAUGAUAAACAAGAAUGGGAAAAAACAGUAGAACAGAAGAUAUUUUUAGGAUUGAAACAUGUUCCUAUGAGAGCUGCAAAACUCAAAACAGAAUUCAUUGAUGUAGAUCUUGUCAGAGGUUCUUCAUUUCCAAAAGCUAAGCCUAAACAUGGAUUAGUAACUGUUGCUUACCUUGCAAUUCAAAGGCUGUUAUUUUUACCAUUUACUGCUGACUGGUGGAUUCAGCAGACCAGUUCGAGCAUUUAUUUUUUCUUUUUACUUCUUUAUUUUCUACAAGUGUUUAAUUUAUAUUUAUACUUUUACCAUUAUCCUAAGGACAACAAAUCUGAUAUUGUUUCCAUGUCAGAGGUAUUGGUUCCUGCAGUUAUGAUGAUUACAUUAUCAAUGAUUCAUUCACAAAUUGUAUCAACUAAUUCAGGUGCAAAAAUUAUAAACAAAUAUGAUAAAAAGCAAGUAAGAAAAAUAAGACAUGGAAGAUCUCGCCUUAAUAAGAAUAGAGGGAAAAAAAAUAGUAGUGAAAAUGAAAACUCAAGAAAUUUUAAUGAUUGGAAUUCUGAUGAUAAUAAAUCAAUAAAUUCAUCAGCAACAGUUAAAUUAGUCAAAAAAGUUGUGAUCAAAACUUCUGCAAUAUCUUGUUCACCAAAAAUAACAUCAGGAAUCUCAAAUUCCGUAAUGAACCAUAGCAAUCAAGUUAAUACAUCAUCUAAUUCAUCAAUAAAAUCGGAAAAGUUAAUUGUUGAAGAUCAAAUAGAUACUAAUAAUGAAGAACAUCAUGAAGAUGAUGGAUUUGAAAGUUUAAACGGAAAUGCAUCAAGUGACAAUGAUAGAGAAACCUCAUGUGUUCGAGGUGAAGAAAAUUUAUUAAAUUUAUCAAAUGAAAAAGAUAACUCAUCCAUAAGAAGGCGUCCUAGAGAUUUGAUUGUAUUUGAUGACAAUAGCACAGUUUUAGAAAAUAAAUGUAUGGAUUACAAUAAAUCGAGUACAAAUGAGAAAGAGGAUAAUUACAAAGAGUUAUCUACAGAAACUUCUUCUACAGAAAUUAAGGAAUUAUUCAAAGAAAUUUUGACAGUGAAAGAAAAUCAAAGCAUUGAUGAUGAAGAAUAUGAUACUUCAAGCAGUAAGCAGCCAUCCAUUCAUAGUUUCACAGGUAAUGAAAAAAAAUAUGAAAGUGAAGAAGAAGGUGAUUGCGAUGAAACAAUAACAAAUGAUCUUAUAGAAGGAACAUCAUCUGCAGCAGAAUGGUUAGGAGUAACAACAAAUAGUGACGAUUGCAGUUAUAGUUCGGAAUUCGAAGAGUCUGAUCACGCUUCAGGAGAUGAAACAAUAAAAUGCGGAGAAUUUAUUGAUUCACCAUUUUCAUACGAAUUCGAAUUGCCGCCGACGCAAAUUUUAAGCUCAAAUUGUGCUUUAUCUGACAAAGUUUCUUGCACAAUUUGGACCUACAGGGAUGUGAAGAAAGCGGAACUCUCAGUACUAGAUAUUAGUUCAACAAUAAUCGCAAGAGUUGAGUCAAUGCCUGAAAGUAUGGAUUAUUUUUAUAUAGGGUUAUUUCUUUCAAUUAUACUUUCACUUGUACCAUCAUUAAUACGUGUAAGUGAUUAUUGUGGAAUGGAAAUAGUUAGUAGUACCAAUACUUCGUUAUUGGCGACUGAGUUUUCUCUAGUAAACCCCAAGGCAAUAACUGAGAUAAUUUUUAAAUUCAUCAGAAUCGCAUUCGGCUCAUCGCCAUGGAUUCGAUCAGUGAUUCUAUUAUCUGCAAUGGAGAGAUUUUUCUUGGCAUUUUUACUUUUCUUUUUACUUGCUGUCGCUGAACGUACGUUCAAACAAAGAUUGCUCUAUGCAAAACUCUUUUCGCAUUUGACAUCUUCUAGACGGGCGCGAAAAUCGGAAUUGCCUCAUUUUCGAUUAAAUAAAGUACGGAAUAUUAAAACUUGGCUGAGUGUGAGAUCAUAUUUGAAGCGAAGAGGUCCACAAAGGUCCGUGGAUGUGAUAAUUUCGUCCGUAUUCGUGAUGACGUUGGCUCUGUUAUCAUACGUAUCUUUGGAAUUGAUAAAAGAUAUUGACAACUUGCACUCUCAUUACAACAUAGAAGCUUUGAUGUGGAGUUUUGCUUUGGGUCUUUUUAUAUUAAGAUUUAUGACGUUGGGAACGAAAAUAAAUAACAAAUAUAGAAAUUUGUCCAUUUUAAUUACAGAACAAAUUAAUCUUUAUCUACAAAUUGAACAAAAGCCACAUAAAAAAGAAGAGCUUACAGUGGCCAACAAUGUUUUAAAGUUAGCAGCAGAUUUAAUAAAGGAACUUGAAAGCCCGUUCAAAAUUUCUGGCCUUUCAGCGAAUCCAUAUCUGUACACUAUUACUAAAGUUGUACUUUUAUCUGCACUAUCUGGGGUUCUUUCUGAAUUAUUAGGAUUUAAACUAAAGUUACACAAAAUUAAAAUUAAGUAAAUUCUUGUUUACGUUUGUCAAAACCUUUUCGAAAAUAUUGUGAUUAAUAUUGAUAGACAUAUUCAUAGAAAUUGAAAAUUUUAUAUCUAUCAUACAGUUAUAUUUGAUAUACAAAUUAAUUUUAUCCAAAGUUUAUAUUGUGAAAAUAUGUAUUCUGUUAUUUCUGUUUUUUUUUUUCGUAAAUAUUUUAGCGUUUGUAUUUCAAGAAGAUUUAGGUUUUGGAUUGAAUGGUCGAAAAUGGUACAUUAACUUAUCUUCAUCUCAUGUUGGGGUUUUCUGGGCUAAUUGAAAAAAUAUUUUAAACUUUGAUCUAGUGCGAAAGUUGUGAUUAUGUUGAAGACUUAUUUUUAUAUAUUGACUAGGGGGGCGAGCCCCCCUGCGCGCUUCGCGCGCCAACCCCCCUCGUUUACGAUUUCAUAUCAUUAUAUGUUUAAUUGUAUGAGUAUAUGUUUAAUAUUACGUUUACUUAUAUUAUAAUAUGUUAUAAUUAAGAAAUGUUUCGAUUUAAACGUCAUAAAUGUGAUAAUUAUGUAUUUGUUUGUGUUUCCACACCACCUUUGAGGUAACAAACUCGGCGCGUUUUUUUUUAAGUGGUAUCCCCAGUAGGCCUAAUCCACACGGUUUUCUGAAAUUAUAUGGUUGAUUAAAUUGGAUAAGGAAAAGUAAUACAAAUAAAUUUAGAAAAAAAAAUA